AGCGCCACCACCAUCAUGAACAAGGGGAGCAGCGCCGCUUCCUGCCCCUCAUCCGUCCCCGGAGACGGCAACAACAGCAGCAGCCACAACGAGUGUCGCCGGGUCUGUAGUAACUGUCGGAAAGUGCUGAGGCAGGAAUGGACCUAACUGGAGCACCAGUCUAAGUUAGGAAAAGGCACUUCUGGCCGCUGCCUCCACUUGACUGUCAAGGUGUAAGACGGGAUCCAGGAAUACCUCCCAGAUUGCAAACUUGAAUCUUCAAGGAAGUGCUACCCCAUCCAAGAUAAGGAUUGGAGUAAACAACUCACGGGACAGUGUUGCUUUGCUUGCCGGGCUGAAAAUCUGGCUUAGAGUGGGUGGGUCAACAUGUCUUGCCUGGAAGCCUGCCAAACCGAGCACAACAGCUUGCAGUCGUUGACUUCUCCCUUCAUCCGUCCUGUGCCUGCAGCCAGAACUGAGAAGCUGAAUGAAAAGAAGAUCCGAGUGUCUCUGCCUUUAACAAGAGGACCAAGUGCCUUUAUACCAGAAAAGGAAGUUAUGCAAGCAAACAGUUUAAAUGAACGUAUGCACCUGCUGGUGGAAGAAUAUUCUACUUCUGGUCGCCUAGACAACAUCACUCAGGUCAUGAGUUUACAUACUCAGUACCUGGAGUCUUUCCUCCGCAGUCAGUUUUAUAUGUUGCGUAUGGACGGGCCACUUCCUUUGCCCUACCGGCACUAUAUUGCGAUCAUGGCUGCUGCCAGGCACCAAUGUUCCUACCUAAUAAACAUGCAUGUGGAUGAGUUCCUGAAGACUGGAGGGAUACCAGAAUGGCUUAAUGGCUUGGAAUAUGUCCCACAAAGGCUUAAAAAUCUGAAUGAAAUCAACAAGCUUCUUGCCCAUCGACCCUGGCUGGUUUCAAAAGAGCAUAUCCAGAAGCUUGUCAAGACGGGGGAAAAUAAUUGGUCUCUUCCUGAACUGGUGCAUGCUGUGGUCCUCUUGGCACAUUAUCACGCCUUGGCAAGUUUUGUCUUUGGUAGUGGCAUCAAUCCAGAGAGAGAUCUCAAUACUUCGAAUGGCUACAGGCUUAUAUCAGUUAACAACUUCUGUGUCUGUGAUCUUGCCAAUGACAACAACAUUGAAAAUGCAUCCUUCACAAGUAACAACUUUGGGAUCUCGGAUACUUUAAGUGAGCUAGAGGCCCUGAUGGAUAGAAUGAAGAGGCUGCAGGAGGAGAAAGAGGAUGAGGAGGCCUCCCAGGAGGAAAUGGAUACUCGCUUUGAAAAGGAGAAGACAGAGAGCCUCCUAGUUGUUAAUGAAGUAUUUGGUGAUGAAAUCGUUUCCACAGCAGAUGUUUCCUGUUACGUUGAAGACCCUGGUUUUGGAUACAAGGACUUUGCUAGGAGGGGUGAAGAGCACCUACCAACGUUCCGAGCCCAGGACUAUACUUGGGAAAACCAUGGAUUCUCCCUUGUGAACAGGCUUUAUUCUGACAUUGGGCAUCUCCUGGAUGAGAAGUUCCGCAUGGUUUACAACCUCACAUACAACACUAUGGCCACCCAUGAAGAUGUUGACACGACCAUGUUAAGAAGAGCUUUAUUUAAUUAUGUUCACUGUAUGUUUGGAAUCAGGUAUGAUGACUACGAUUAUGGAGAAGUAAAUCAGUUACUUGAACGGAGCCUGAAGGUUUACAUUAAGACAGUGACCUGCUACCCAGAAAGAACUACCAAGCGCAUGUAUGAUAGUUACUGGCGCCAGUUCAAGCACUCGGAGAAGGUCCAUGUGAACUUGCUUCUAAUGGAGGCACGCAUGCAAGCCGAACUCCUCUAUGCCCUCCGUGCCAUCACACGUCAUUUGACCUGAAGCGUCACUGCAAGUGUGUGAAUAAAGCUUCCAAACGGAUGUGCAGCAAAAGCUGUCUGCGGUGUAGCAUCAGGUUAUUUGAUUCUUUAGUGUCAAAGCUGAAGCUGCAUUUCCAGCGGCUGUUAAUGUGCAAUGAUCUAUAUUUUCCUUUUUUUCCUUGAUGCUUAACAUUACUAAUGAUAGCAGAAAUAACAAUGAGGAACACUACUACUUAAGUUGUUUCCGGUUGGAAUAUUGGUUACAAACCCCAGACUGGUUUGUUAUGUUUGAUUCUUGCUAUUUCUUCUCACAUCCAGAAGAAAAAUGCGUACAGUAUCUCUUUUGAAGUUGUAUCUUUUCCUCCCUCUCCCUCAUAAAGGAUCUUCUUUCCUUCAUUCCGCAUACACAAGCACCCCAAUUUGGUUUCUUCUAGGAUAUUAUAAUUGCCUACAACCAGUUAUGUGCUAUGUUUCUAAACUGCUCAGCUGGCUUAUUCUUAAUUCUCCCCCCGCCCGAAAUGUACUGCAGCAGUAGUUUGGGGGUCAUGUGGAAGCCAAUGCAACUGUUGCCUGCCAUGUUUUUAAUGUGAAAGAAACUGCCGCAGAUUCUACAGCAUUCUACUGAAAAUGCAGCAUUUGAAUACUUUUCUGAAUGAAGAGGUUUUUACCAUAUGCAUUUCAACUGUACAUAUUGGUUCAGCAAUUGCAUUCUCUCUUGCCUAGAAUUGCUCUCUUGCUGAUGCUUGAUGGGUGUUUACAGCCCAGUCUACAAAGCAGUUUAGCUUGAAAUAUUUGAACUCUGUAAGUUGCAUUAUGAACUGUAAAAAAGGCCAAACUGAAGUUUGUCCUAUGCUGUCAGAUCUAUGAACCAAUUGAUGUGGCAUGUGCAGAUUCAGUCCACUGACUAAUCAAACACACAACACAAUGUGCAUUAGCACAUUUUUUUCCUCAAAGCUCUAAGGAGCUGUCUUGUAUCGAAUCAGAUCAUUGGUCCAUCUAGUCCAGUACUGUUCUGGAUUGUGUGAUUGGCAGCAGUUCUUUUUGGUCUCAUUUAGCAGGGCUGGGAAAGUCUGCUGCCUAAAGGUUUUCUUAAGCUGGAGUUAUUACCAGACUUGAACCUCGUAUCCUGUGCAUGCAAAGUAUGUGCUCUACCACUAAGCUGUGGUCCCUCCCCUACAAGCUUUGAAUGUAUGAAGCGGCCUUAGACCAUUUUUGCCCAGCCAGCCCAGUACUCUCUCUUCUGAGUGGCUUUCCCAAGGCCUUGGGUAGACCUGUUUCCUAGCCCUGCAACUUGAGAUUUUCUUGAAGGUGCCAGGAAUCGAAUUUGAGACCUUCUGCGUUGAAAGCUCAGUACUUUGUCACUGAGCUAUGGCCUUGUUUGCCACUGUUUUUCUUUCCUUUCUUUCAAUCCACAGGUAAUUGAAUAGAUGUUUAACGUAAGCUUUUAGAAAUUUGAUUCUCAUCACUUUUCUCUGAAUCACCACGUUGGAACACUUUUUUUAUAGUUUAAAGCUAUGAAUCAUGUCUCUCUGCAUUAACAUGAGUGAACAAAGGAAGUGCAAUACUGAACAGAAAGGCAGGCUUUUCCCUCACAUGAAAUGUCCCAUUCAAAACGGCCACAGGGAAACUGCUUUUCCUCCCUAAAUUCUGUUACUGCCUGUGGCUUGCCUAGCAUGUUUGCAUUUGCUUACUUGCCUUGAACAAUCAGCUACUGUUGUGAUGCCAAAGCAUCCUUAAAUAAAGCAGACGCAGGACACACUUCAACAAGAGUUGCUGCACAUCCUUAGUUCCAGGGGUGUAGUGGAGGGGGGACGCUCAGGGAUGGAGUGCCGUUACUUCUUGGCUUCUCUGGCUUUUGCGGUGGGCAUGGCCAUGAGGGCUGUCAGGGAGAGAGCCUGCACUUCUGAAUUUGCAACUACAUCACUGUUCAGUUCCUUCCAGUGGGGAAGCCCUAGGUGAGCUUCAUAGAAAAGAAUACAGGAUGUGCAGCAGCUGCUGUCUAUAGCAUACUGAGCUGUGGACAGUUGAUGUUCCUUAGGAAAAAGGAGAAGUGAGCUGCCAAAAAGUCACAUUUUUGUAUUACUCUGUGUUGCUUGAUUAUGCUGAUUUUUCAGAACACAAAAUGACAGUAUGUUUUUUUUAAUAGCUUUACUUUGUGCUAAUGAUUCAGUGAAGUGCCUGAAGAGAACGGGGGAAAUGUACCCAUCAAGACACAAUAACUACUCUUACAUGAUGGACUCAUUCCAGGAAACAAAGUUAAGUCCCCACUGGGAUCAAAGCUGCUUAAACCCCUAGAGACUAUCCCCUUAUGUCCUUUUCCAAUCUCAGAGAUCCAUCAAAAGAGUCGUGCUGGAUCAGACCAAAAGUCUGUCUCAUCCAGCAUUCUUUUUGCACCUGUAGACAGAAAGAUGCUUCCAGGAAUUUCUCAUGUAGGGCAAAAGGAUAGCAACCCUCCCCUGUAGUUCGGCCACAGCAUCUGCUAAUAUUCACCAAGAGCAUCCUCAUAAUGGUAUCCUCUGUGCAUCAGGUUCAGGCAGCAAAGUGAGGUAUCCUUGGUAGCUGCCUCCCCACACUGUUGCAGAACUCCCUCCCAUGGCAGAGUCGCCAAAGUCCAAAUUUAAGAACCUCUCUGGAUGUGCUGUAAAAUCUACCUGUUUGGGCUAGCCUUUGGGGCUCAAAGUCCUGCCAAGAAAAAGUGAAGGCAUUUAACUGAAUGUGAUAAAAUCUUAUUGUUCUGGAGGAUUUUUGUAUGUGUAAAUUUCCCCAAGCCUUUAGGGUGGGGAUGGCAAAUAUCAACGCCACUCCAUUGCUUUUAAUGAGACUUGGUCAUUACUAACUUCUCCAGGAUUGUGACAAAUGACUGGUGUUGGUUUUAAGGCAUUUCCUUGACUUCAGUUUGCUUUUAUACACGUUAGAAACGAAUGAAAUUGAAUUUCUUUUGUUCCAAUGAGCGGUAGAAGACAAUAUAGAGCAACGUUUUGAUGAAGAUUGCCGUAAUAAUUUGUGUAUGAGAACGAUCUUGGAAAUCUUUCCAUGUAAAAACCAUGGAUGAGAAUUUGAGGAGGAAUUGGGUAGUGUCCAUUACUUAAUUCUUCUCACUUCCCCUAAUAAUUGGCAUAGAACAUAAGAACAGCCCUGCUUGAUGAGAUCCAAGACCCAUCUAGUCCAGCAUCCUGUUUCACACAGUAGCCCACCAGAUGCUGCUGGAAGCCACAGGCGGAGUUGAGGGCAUGCCCUCUCUCCUGCUGUUACUCCCCUGCAACUGGUAUUCAGAGGCAUCCUGCCUUUGAGGCUGAAGGUGGCCUAUAGCCCUCCGACUUAUAGUCGUUGAUAGACCUCUCCUCCAUGAAGUUAUCCAAACCCCUCUUAAAGCCAUCCAGAUUGUUGGCUGUGUCACCACAUCUUGUGGCAGAGAAUCCCACAAGUUGAUUAUGCGUUAUGUGAAAAAGUACUUCCGUUUGUUGGUCCUAAAUUUCCUGGCAAUCACUUUCAUGGGUUGACCCCUGGUUCUAGUGUUGUGUGAGAGGGAGAAGAAUUUCUCUCUAUCCACUUUCUCCACACCAUGCAUGAUUUUCUAGACCUCUAUCAUGUCUUCCUGCAGUUGUCUUUUUUCUAAACUAAAUAGCCCCAGUGUUGUAGCCUUGCCUCAUAAGGAAGGUGCUCUGGGCCCCUGAUCAUCUUGGUUGCCCUCUCCUGCACCUUUUCCAGUUCUACAAUGUCCUUUUUUUAGAUGUGGUGACCAGAAUUGUACGCAGUACUCCAGGUUGCACCAUAGUUUUGUAUAAGGGCAUUAUAAUAUUAGCAGUUUUAUUUUCAAUCUCCUUCCUAAUGACCCCUAACACAGAUGUGCGGAGUGUUUAGAAAUCCUGAGCCCCCACCUGCCACAAUAGUCCAGUUCCUAAAGUUCCAGGAAGGUGGACAAUAAAACAGAUGCAAGUAUGUAGUGUAGAUAUGCCCUACAGAAGAAAUUAUUACUGUAGACAGCUAUUGAAUGACUAAUACAACAUUGUACAGCAGAAAUAGUAGCAAAUUGUUCUGUGUGUGAAGGGAAAGAUGUGGUGUUUAAAAAUGUAGAACACAAUCCAGGCAAAGCUAAGCACUUGGAAAUGUGGCUUGGGGCAUGACAAUCCCAUUCAGCCUGCUGUGUCAGCUUGGCAUUUGGUUGAAAGCACCAGAUCAUCAUGUGCAAAAUUGUCUGUACAACUUUCCUUCUGCAGGUUCUAUUUAGGAAGUGGCAGUGCUUGACACAGUUGGUGAAUGAAUGUUCUUCUGUUGGCACUGGAUUGUUGCAUUCAGAGAUUAAUCGGUCUUUAAAAAUGCUUAGUUGGUGAAUUUUGUAUGGAGGUUGGGACAAGUGAGAUCUUGGUCUGAAAACCCUGAUCUCCACCAAACAUCUGGAAAGCAGCAAGGGGAAGGAACAAUUUUGCAGGAGAAAAGUGAUAUGUAGGGGAAUGUGUGUUUGACUCUUUCACAUGGGAUUCAAAAUAGCCCGGUAAAGGAGCCACCACAAAAAGAAACAUUUAUUCUCAAUAUGUUUUGAAAACAUUUUGGCGGGGGAGGUGAAAAGUACUUACCGUAUGUUUGCUCCUUGGUAAGGCCUGUUCAAAAAGCCUUCAUGCUGCUGCUAACUUCAGACACUUUCCAAAUGUGCUUCUUUUUGUGGUACUUGACCCUUUACCCUGCAACUCUCUUACCCACCUAGGAUUCCAGACACCUCGUGGCUAGGCAGUAAGAGUGACUGCCAAGGGAAGCAUCAGAUCAUGGAAGGCUUAGGCACCCUCGCCCCAAUGUGUCUGUCUGUCUUGAUAUUUGGAAAUAAUUAGGAUUUGGAGAAGCAAAUGUAAUUGUAAUAGCUCUAAGAUUUCUCUAAAGAGGCUGAGGAUUUUGUGUAGAGAAGUUGGUGUUCUAAUUGUGGAAACAUUAGUGCCUUUUCUCAUAAGUGCUCCCUUUUUUAUUAUUUGAACUGAAUUGUCAUCUCAGUGACAGGCAAAUAGACUUUAAAACUGUAAGACUGGAUUAAUUCUUUUCCCCCUUUGUGAAAUAUAUAGUAAAUCCAUUAACAGCAUAAACUUGAUUUUGCAUGGAGCUAGAUCCACAUGUGACAUUUGGGGUCAAGAGCAGCUGUUUGAGAACUGGCUUGCUUUUUUCCUUAGAAAUACAAUGGCAGACUUGAAUGUUAAAAAGCCAUUUUCCAAGGUGGCAUUUGACUGUAUAUGCAUCAAUGUGAUCGUGAUCCAAAGCAUAGCUUUAUAUACGAAAAAUGUGAUUUUGUAAAAAAAAAAAUUGACAUCAAGUGAAUAUGAUUGUCUUUUUGUGCUUGACGUACGUACCCCUUAAGCUCACAAAUGUGCCAAAUUUUAAAUGUGCAAAAAUGUAUUUAAGUAGUAUGUGUGAAUGUGAAUCAUCAGACUUCAUGACUUAAUGGAUGUCAGAAAUGUAUGUCAGUCUCUUGCAGUGUCAGUAUAGAUUGUUUGUGUUUUGCUAGCCUGGGUUUCAGGUGUCAGCUGUGAGCCCCUGAGCCAAAAUCUAUCUCACUUGCCACCCAAAAGGGGAGUGUCAUCUCUGGCAAUAGGAUUUGGCAGCAGGCUGAACAUCUCGACGGCUCUGCAAGGCUAUGUGACAAGAUAUAAAUCCCAAACUGUGGAGACUACAUAAUACAUGAAAUGGCCCCCAGAUGCCUUGUUAAGUUCUCCCACUAACUUAUUUUGGCAAAAGUUAAACCUGGCUACUGUCAAGAUCCCACCCAUGCCCACAUCCAUUUUGUCGGGUGGGAAGAUUUACAGUUGCUGUGUUAAAGUUCCAAACUGGAGCCUGCACUCCAGUGUAGGAAACGCAUAUGUACAGAAAGCCACAAAGACUAGUACCAGAGCGCACAGGAGGCAGCAAAAAGAGAGAUGAUGAGUAAGAAAAAAGAGAAGCAACUAGUGUUGGUCAGGGAGUGCCCUUACAGCCCAUCUCUGUUGUGAAGUUGGCCCCAGUGUGUUAAAUGGAGUUUAUUAUCCAGUAAAUGUACAUAAGGCUGCAGCCUGAGUCACUUGCUUUACAUGCCUAAAAUGAGGAUGCUGUCUGGCCUGCUGCAGUGAAAAUUAGAGUGUUUUAGUCAAAACAACUAAACUUUGCAUCCUGAAAACCCAGUUUUUUACUGCUUGUAUAAAUAAUGUCCUAAUCUGGAAAUUUUGCAGACUUCAAACUAGCUUGCUUAGAUAACUUGUGUUUUGUAGGAGGUGCUGGAUUUCACAGUUAACUAUUUUGUGACUUCUCUGACAAGCCUAAUGAUUUUUCCAGAGCAUCUCUAUAUUUUUAUUCCAUUGCUACCAUGUUCACUCUGCAUGUAAUAGAAGCACAUAUUGGGCUGCUACUGGGAAUUACACACAGACACAGAGUCUGAAUGUGUGAAGGGGGCACUCCCAUGUGUGGUUGUGUUUGCUCUGUGAUGGAUAUAGAUUAUAACUCUUGUCUUGACUGCUGACCUCAAAUGUUGUUGGAAGUAUUUUUCUUGACUAUCACUGCUAAUCCUCCCUCUCUAUCGAUGGCUGCCUGAAUCGCUCGCAGCCAAGCUACCUGUUGUUUUCUGCACAUCAUUGACCCUUUGUUUUUUGUUUUCCUAAACAGCAGUGGGGGAGGGGGUAAGAGUGGUAGGAUCAGGAACACAGUGUGGGGCAAAGGCGUUUAACCCCAGCCUCCUGCAGUGGCCCUAAUUCAGAUGAUGUUCUCCCCCCGUCCAAAAGCUGCUAUUUAGAAUGCAAAAAACCACUCAAGCCAAUGCUUAAUUAAUGUAUGUGCUUAAUUAAUGUAUCAUUUGACCCUGAGUCAGUACUAAGUGGUGGUGCUUUGGACUAUUGUUAUGAGAUAAAUGAUUGUGAUACUUGGGUCCAGCAAGAGAGCCCAGUCAACUGUUAAUGGAAACUUUAAUUUCUUAAAAUUGUCUGCUAUAAUACACACACCUCAGGAGUAUUAAGAGAACAAGGCCAUUGAUUUUGACUUUUUCCCCCAAACGGCAUUUCAGAUUUUGAUAUCCCUUUUCAAAUUGUCUUUUAAACAGUACUUGGCUGUGAACUUUAAAAUAAAAAGCAGAUGUGUAGAAGCUUUAUGCGUGUAUAAGGCAGAUGAAUGGGUUGUCCUUUUAAGAAAGUAGAGUUGGGGUGGGGAGAGAGAUUUAAACAAGCUGGCACCUUGCUACCAGCUGCUAUUAGAAUAGCAGAGAAAUGUUAAAGUUUUUCUUCCCUCAGAAUGCCAUCAUUCAAGUUGAUUGAAAUGUUUGAUCCUCUCCUCUGGAACACCAAAUGCAAAUCUCUCCCCCCCCCCCGCCCCCGCUUCUCAUGGGUUUUCUUACUUGGGCGUGUGCAUCCAUCUAUAUGGUUUGUGGGCUGAGGUCUUUAUUUGCCCAAUAGCAACCUCUAUUUAGCUUAAAGGUUUUGCAGAGAGUAGUAAAGUUGGGGUUUCUAAUCUUCCAGGCUAGUAUGUCUGAAAUGACAGACAUCCUUCCCUUUCUGUUGCAAUGAACAGGCAGUUAGUCAAAAGGAGCUCUCUAAUUAACAGGUACAUGGUGAGGGUACAUUAUGCCUCAUUACCAAGCACAUAAUUCUCAAAGGGCAUCUCUGCACUACAAAUGUAUGCUGGUUUUAUCCCAGUUUAACUGUCUUCAAAGGGUCCUGAGGUGUAACUUUGAGUGUGUGCUGAGCAUUCUUGGUUAGAGAUUUUGUGGAGAGCCAGCUCUACAGUUCCCUGGGGAGAAAGGUUGCUCAUAAGCCAAUUUUUAAAUUGUGGUGUAGAUAAGCCAAAAGGUGAGUCAAGCCCCCUUAAAGAAACAGAGGCCAAGUCUCUUCUUGCAUCAUAAAACUUGAACAUAGAAGGCACUUCCACAUGAGAAGUAAAGGUUACAAGGUAAGAUGAAGGAAAGCAAGGAUAAACAUACAAUGUCAUUCCAGCCCACCCACCCACAUACUUACUAAUAAGCUAUUUAUGCUGUUUCAUUCAUUCUCUCUUACUAGGGAUUAUUAGCAUGGUUAUAUACCUCAGGGUUCCUGCCAAACACUGCUGGCUCCCCUCCAGGGGCAUAACUAUAAUAGGGCAAGGGGAGACAGUUGUCUGGGGGCCCACUGCCUUGGGGGUCCCCCCAGAGUCAAGUCACAUGACUGACUCCCCCAGCUGUGCACCCGCCCGGGCUUCCUUCAGUUGUAUCCGAAAUUGUGUGCUUUUUGUUACCACAAUUCAGCCUCAUUUAAGAUUUCUUUAUUUCAUGAGCUGCGCUUCAGUGAGGGUGGGCCCAUUUUAAAAUCUUGUCUCUGGGUCCACUCCAACCUUGCUAUGCCCCUGCUCCCCUCAGAAAGUUUAAGAGAGAGAGAGAGAGAGAUGCUUUCCAGAGCCAUCCCAGAAAAAUAGCUGCCAGAAAGCCACCCUUUUCCCCUCAUCCCACACACCAGUGUUCUAUAUGGAGGGAGCUCCUCUUUUGACUGACAGCUCCAAAGUGCCUUGUUGGUGCUUUGUUGUCCACUAUUGAAUUUACCUUUAUCUAAGCAUUGUGCAGUCACUGGACACACGGCUGGACCAUACCCAGAUUUCCUCAUGCACAAAGCAGAUGGGUGGCUAAUGCAACAUCUGGUUUGGGUAUUCCGCUUCUCACCCCACAUUAAGAAGGCUUUUGGUAGCAUGUAGAGUUGUGGUUUUUGCUAGCAGUGGACUAUCUACACUGGAGUGGACAACUGAUCAACAAAGGGCUUAAUCCAGCCUAAAAAUGACCCUUCUGCCCCCUCCCCUCCCAGUAGCUCUACCAAAUUAUAAUCAAAGUAAAACACAAAAUUCCUCACAGCACUCUUGUAAGAAAAAGUGGUGCAUUUCCAUGUAUAGUUCAUGCACAGUUUUCUCUCUCUCUCAGAUUAGAAAAGCAAAGGAUCUUUACAGUCUCUCUCUUGAGGAGGAUAUUUCAGGAAGGACUGUUGCUCCACAGUGACCCACCCACCCGGUCAGUGGCAUACUACCACCUGAGUUAAUGUGGUCCAUAUUUGUACCUUCCUACGAUUAGAUGAAAUUUAUUGUAGAGCUUGGCCAUCCAUGGUAGGGGCAGGGCUUGAUUGUUCUAGCCGCCACCCCCGGUCAGUGCCUGCAGAAUACAGUGAUCCUUGAGAUGGCAUUGACCACCCCUGAUUUACAGUAAUCCCUUAAGUGCACUCUGAGGUAAAAAAUAAAAUGGUGCCUGAACACACACUGAGUGACCCAAGUUAGUUGACACUGACUUGUAAGUCCUAUGUAGCAUGCUGUGAACAUGUUUAGUUUCCACGGGCACUCAAAAACUCAUCAGUAUUCAAUUAUGUUGGCUUUUUCCUAACCUGUUCCCCUGCCCCCAUAAUGUUGUGUACUUCUUGAAACUGUGAUAGGCCUUCACGGUCCUGUACUUUGUUACUGUAACUUCUUUUUUGAGAUUCGUGAAAUGUAGAGCUGGGCCUGAACUGAGGUGAUGGGUACAAUCCUACAAGGUUGCCCUCUUUCAGUUGCUCAUGCUGUUAUGGCUGUACAUAAAAUAAGCUGAUCAGUAAUGCAAUUUAGGAUUCACACAGCUUCAUUAUGUCCGCGUGGGUGCACGUGCCCACAUGCACACCCGUAUCUUUGUAUGUGUUGUGGGGGUUGGGGGGGCCUGAGGACAGAAAGGUGAUGUGUUCUAUAGGCUUAAGGGUGUGUGUUUCCUUUUAAGGUUUGUUUUGUUUUUCGUAAAGGAACUGACUCAGUACAUUCAUAGCAAUUUAGAACUAUCCGAGCUUGCUGUAGCUGAGAGCUCACCUUUGAGUUUGGGUGGUGAGCCUGUGUACAUGGGGGGGAGGACACCCGUUCCUACAGCCCUGAACUCCUUGGAGGGGGAUGGGUAGAGCUGUAACAAGUAAAGGACGUUGAGUAGUCCCCCAACGGACCCCGUGUUUGGGUCUGUUGGGGGAAUGCAGAAAUAGCAGUGAAAAAUAAAUUUGAUGCCAUUCUCCUACUAGCUCUGAGAAGAAACCACAAUAGCAGUUGCAAGUGAGACGGACUUGCAUGCUUGCUGAGUGCUGUAGUGAGGGGCUGAGCCGCUUUCUCUCAUGACUUGCUUGCUGUGGGGCCAGUGAAUUUUACAGCUGGCUCAAGCCUAUCUUGGGAGGAAAAAGCAGGUUCUCAGAAAUGGGUGGGCAAGCCGGUGUUGUGUGCAUAUGCUUUGUUCUCUCCUCCAUCUGCUCUUAUCUGCUGGUAGAGUUUAUGCGAGUCAUUCCACUGGUGGCUGCCUAUGCAGGCCAGAUUUCACCCACAAGCCACUUGGUUGCCUACCAUGAGGCUAUGAAGCUUUACAAGCAAGUGGGUAAUGCUGGAAAGGGAGCAGGGACUAACAUAUCCAUGCUGAAAAGUGUGCCCUGUGAUAACCGAGGAAAACUUGCCCCAGAGACAAGUGCAGACGAAAAUGAUUCUGGAGCAGACAUAGUUGCGUUCUGACACCGCAGCGGUUAUUUACCACAAGAAAAACGCAAGCCUAUGUGCAAACCCUUGGCUGCUGCCUUCUCUCUUUUUCUCCCCCUCGUUUCCCUUUUUUGCUGGUGAGAAGAUUUAGGACCUCCUGAGCUAGCAUAAGCAAUUUUCUCCCUAGGUGGAUUUUGGACAGGCCCAUUAAGCUGGAUCCAUAUGUGUGAUUCUUAUUUUUGUUAAGCUUUUAGUUAUCCAACUUUAAAUUGUAUCUGAGCAGAAGUGGAAGGAACUUUUUAGCGAGCUGAGACAAAAGCGUAUUUUUCAAUAAAGGAAUUUGUGUGUGCGUAUUAACCUGUUAACAGCAAUUCAUAAAAUCUGCACUUUUUAUGAGGUUUUGAAAAAUUCUAUUUAUAGGUACGGAACAAUGGGGUUUGUUUAAAACUGUAUAGCGUUUAUACUUGCUGAAAUUUCUUUCAUUGUUAUCAGUAGGAAUUUUAUUGGUUCAAUAAAACUGGCAAAACCCC